AGUUAAAAAGACACUUAACUCCCUUGUGAGAAAGGAAAAAGAAUUCCUGUCAUGUUAGUUAAGUUGGAGAGAGAGAACAAUUGAAUACAAGUAGGUGAGAGAGAUCAGAAAGAGAGAGAGAGAGAGAGAGAGCAACAUCCAUUCCAUUCUUGAUUUCUUAAUUUCUCCAGUUUAAUUAGGAGAACUGGUCUUUAUUUGUUUCUUCGUUUAUUAUUAGGCAAAUUUGCAGAAUGUACAAGAAUCAGCUGCAGGAGCUAGCUCAGAGAAGCUGUUUCAAUCUGCCUUCAUAUGCGUGCAUAAGGGAAGGUCCAGAUCACGCCCCUCGAUUCAAAGCUUCUGUCAAUUUUAACGGUGAGAUCUUUGAGAGCCCCACUUACUCAACCACCUUGAGACAGGCGGAGCACUCCGCCGCCGAGGCCGCUCUCAAUUCUCUCUCCUCCAGAGGCCCCUCCAGGUCUUUAACUGCUAGGGUUCUUGAUGAAACCGGAGUGUACAAGAAUCUACUUCAGGAGACUUCUCACAGAGCUGGUUUAAAACUUCCUUUAUACACCACUGUGAGAUCGGGUCCCGGACACGUCCCUGUUUUCACGAGCACCGUUGACCUCGCCGGCAUGACCUUCACCGGAGAAUCAGCCAAGACUAAAAAACAAGCCGAGAAGAAUGCUGCCAUUACUGCUUGGUCUGCUUUGAAAGCAAUGCCAAAUUUGGGUCCAUUGUGUGAGGCAAGUAAGGAGAUGGUGGUGUGUGAAGAUGAAGAUCACAACGGAACUGGGAGAAGAAGAAGAAGAAGAAUGAUUGGAGAGAGAGAAGAAGAAGAAGAAGAAGAGUUGUCUAUUAGAAGAAGGGAUCAGCAGCCAAUUAGAGGAAGAAUGCAGAGGAGGCACUGCAGAGACAACAACAACAAUCAAAGACAUGAGAGCAAGUUGGUUGAUCCUUUUUCAGAAACUAGUGUUAGCCAUAAAAACAAGAUCAGUUUCAUUUCUCUGCUCCCUCCUCCACCUCCCCCACCCAGAAUUAUUUCUAAAAUCUUGCCUCCUAAUCUAGAAUCACCACCACCGCCACUCCACCAAUCAAACACUAGUCAAAUCAUGGCACACCAGGUGGAAGAAGCAGGUCAAAGGGGGGAUGAUGACCAAGAAUGGGUUAAUAUGAUAUCAGAGGCAAUCAAGAAGAAACCUAUUAUUCAACUGGUCAAUUCAAGCAGUAGUAGCCAAAUAACUGGCCGGAGGUCCAUAUUUAAUGGUGGUGUGUACCAUCCACAGAGGAUGAUGGCGCCAGCAGUUCAAAUUAGGUCGGUGAUACCAGUGUGUGCAGCUCCGCCCGUUGCCUCCCCCUCUCCGUCAAUCAAAGAAGCUUCUCCGUCACCGUCGGCAGAGCUAGCCUCUGCUCUGAGCAACCUCAAAUUAUGAAGAAAGAAAGAAAGGAAAAAAGAAAUCAUAAUUAGAGCAUGUGUUAGUGUGUUGUUGUAAAAGGCCAGGUGAUCAUGUAUUAAAUUAAAGCCCUAUUUUUGGUUAGUUAAAAAGCAGCAUUAUAUAUAU